CCGGGGGUUGUAUUUACGAAACGCACACUGAGUCCCAUGUGUCGACAGUGAUGGCGAACGGGGAUGGAAAAAGCACGCUGGAAAGCUGUUUACAGCUAAUAAACUCUAAAACAGCCCACCCAGAGCUAUUUCUGAGCGUCCAGGAUGCUCUGGCAACAGAAUUUACAUCUCUUACCAAGACACUUUACGAUUUGCAUAAGGCCAAUGAGCCUGCAGGCUGCAAAGGAAGCCCACUUGAGCAGCUGGUCAUCGAGAAUUUUGAUGAGGAGCAAAUCUGGCAGGAGCUGGAGCUUCAGAACACUGCAUUACUGGAGCGGUUUGAGGAGGCAGUUGAGCAAGCUGUCACAGAUGAUAACAUAACGUUUCUCGAAGACACAGAGGAGGAAAAAGAAGAAGAUGACGAAUUGGAGAAUGGUGAUAAUCAGGAUUUGGAAGAGGAUAGUGUCGAGGAGGAGGAUGGCAGUGAAGAAGAUGAGGAACUUCAGACAAAACCAUCAGAAGAAGAUGAGGAAGAUGACUUCUCUGGGGAGGACUCAGACGUAGACUUUGAUGUGGAUAAAUUUGAGAAAAAAACUAAACAACAGAAACCAUCUGCUGCCAAGUUAUCGAAACCUUAUAGGACUGAAUCAGAAGUAGAUGACAGGUUUUUUAAACUUUCAGAAAUGGAGGCUUUUUUGGAUGACAUGGAUAGAAGAGAGGGAAAGGAGAACGUAGAAGAGGAAAUAGACUACUUUCAGGAUUUGCCAACAGAUGAAGAUGAAGAGCUAGUUUUUGAUAAACCAGUGGUGGCCAAGAAACAGACAAAGAAGAAAAGCUCCAGAAAUGUGAAAUAUAAAGAUUUUUUUGAUCCUGUGGAUGGAGAGCCUGAGCAGACAGAUCCAGAUGAGAAGAGUGAACCAGAAUCAAAUGAUGAACAUGAGGGAGCAGAAGAUGAUGAUGAUCUACAAGAGGAGGAUGAAGAGGAUAUGAAUGAGGAAGAUUUUGAUAUGGAGGAUGGUGACAUGGACAAUGAACCCAGAGAUGCUUUACGGAAGGUGACCUUUGACCUUCCUGAUGACAGCGAGGGAGAGGAUGUAGAGGAUAUUUUGGGUGGAAAAGCUAAAAGUGUGCCUAAACCGGAGUCAAAAUCAUCAUUUGAAAAGCGACAGGAAAAGAUGGCAGAAAAAAUUGACGAGCUGGAGAAAGUGGCAUUGUCGGAGAAGCCGUGGCAGCUGUCAGGAGAGGUGGGCGCUCAGACUCGGCCAGAAAACAGCAUGCUGGAAGAGGACGUGGCGUUCGACCAGAACUCCAGGAUGGCUCCUGCAAUCACAGAGGAAACUACAUUACAGCUUGAGGAUAUAAUCAAACAGAGGAUCAAAGAUCAGGUGUGGGAUGAUGUUGUAAGGAAAGAGAAGCCCAAAGAAGAAGUGUUUGAGUAUAAGAAGAGACUGACUCUGGACCAUGAAAAGAGCAAAUUGAGUCUGGCUGAGGUUUAUGAGAAGGAGUAUCUCAAACAGACAGAGGAAAAGAAAGAAGAGGAAGAGAAUCCAGCACAUGUAGAAAUCCAGAAACUCAUGGACACACUCUUCCUUAAACUGGAUGCACUGUCCAAUUUCCACUUCACACCAAAACCGCAUAUACCUGAGGUAAAGGUGGUUUCCAACAUGCCUUCGAUUACUGUGGAGGAGGUGGCUCCAGUCAACGCCAGUGAUGCAACUCUACUGGCUCCAGAAGAAAUCAAGGAGAAGAACAAGGCUGGGGAUCUGCUCGGAGACACAGAGAAAACAGACACCGAUAAGAAGCGAGAGAGGCGGAAGAAGAAGAAGCUGAAGCGUAUAAAGGUUCAAGAGCGGGAGAAGAGGCAAAAACUCAAACAGAUGAAAGUGGGAGAAAACAAGAAGAGCAAAGCUGAAGUUGAACAGACCCUCAAGAAACUUACUAAAGGAGGAAAAGCCAAAAUACUGACGAAUGAUGGAAUGGAUAAGGCUCUCCGCUCCUCUCAAGCCUUCUUUUCACAGCUACAAGACCAAGUCAAGAGCCAGGUCAAGGGCUCCAAGGUCCAGACGGCAAAGAAAAAGAAACAAAAAGAGAUUUCUGUGACUAAGCUUAAGUUAUAAUAAUAAUAACCUGUCAAAUGUAAUAUGUACAGUUUUUCUUUUUAAAAGAACACAAAGCAGUGAAAUAUCUUGUCAUUUUUAUUGAAAUACAGAUUUAAAUUCC